AUGUUCAGCUGCUCUCGCAUAUCCAAAAGUCCGUCACUACCGUUAGCAGGAGAGACCGCCGAGCCAACUCCAUUGGAUUUUGCAAGAGAAUUCUUAAGAGACUCCGUGAGUUGUGAAACCGGUGGUUCCUUACUUUUCAGUAAGGCACCACCAGCAGGAACAGUCUCGCUAUUAGGGGAACUGCUACCCAAUGCAGUAGUGGAACCAGAGUUCGAAGCCGCAGUGGGAGAGUCUAGCUGGAACGCGGGUUUGGAAAUCGGACCAGGAGACACUGCAGUCUCUCUUGUUGCCGAAGAUGAUGAAUUUGGAAUACUACCCUGCGCGGUAGUAUGUUGUAAAAUAGGAGGAGGAGAGGGACAUCUCAAAUUAGACAUAGCGAUGACCGAAGGGGAACUUUCGUCAACCUUCUUUUGCUGUGCUUGUCUGGAUGGCGCCUUUUUUGUGCUGGAUGUUGCGUUAUCGCCUUCGAACGAUAUCGAGGACGAUUUUUUGAUUUGUGUUUGUGGUAAACUAUCCACACUUUGUAUUUUUGGUUCUGAGGUAUCAGACAUGGCCUAUCAGCACUUUUGA